AUGAACUCAACAAGUCCACCAUCGAGAAGCCCUUUACGUACUCGAUUGGCCAAGAAGAAACAAGCAAGCCACGUUUAUCGUGCUGGUUUCGAGAAUCCAUUUGCCUCGCCAGCUGCUAUUAGUCACUUGCUAGACCGCAUAGCGGAAACCGAUCCGGACCUAAUCAGGGA